AUGUCUGUUCUUUCCGAGAGCCUCAGUCUUCACAAGAUCGUCAAGAAGCACUAUCUGUCUCUUUCCAAAGGUACCGAGUGCCAGGUCACAUAUGUUUGGAUUGAUGAAACUAAAGAAAAUCUAAGAUGUAAAACCAGGACUCUAAGCGGUGAACCAGCUGGAAUCAGAGAUAUACCAGAAUGGAGUGAUACCUGGAGCGAUGGGGAUUUAAUCGAAGUCACUUUGGUCCCAGUCAGAAUGUUUCGAGAUCCUUUCACUCUUGACCCUAAUAAACUGGUGCUGUGUGAAGUGUUUGACAGCCGACAUGUUCCCAUAGGAAGUAAUCAGCGUUCUCCGUGUGUUAAAGUGAUGGGAGAGGUGAAAGAGUUUCAGCCCUGGUUUGGGAUGGAGCAGGAGUACAUGCUGUUUGGUUUGGAUGGAAAGCCCUUUGGUUGGCCUCCUCAGGGACUCCAAUUUACAAGAGUGCCUUGUGCUGUGGGCAUUAACAAAGUGUAUGGAAGAGACAUUUGUAUAUGUCACUACAGAGCCUGUCUGUAUGCUGGUGUAAAGAUCGACGGCACCAAUGCAGAGGCAUUAGCUUCCCAGUGGGAGUUCCAGGUUGGCCCGUGCGAGGGGACUGAAUUGGGGGAUAAUCUGUGGAUGGCCCGCUACAUUCUGCACCGUGUCUGUGAAGACUUUGGGGUUGUCGCCUCCUUGGAUGCUAAACCCAUUGAGGACAGCAUUUACACAUCAGGCUGUCACAUCAACUUCAGCACCAAGGAGAUGAGGGGCGAAGGGGGACUUCAGUACAUUGAAGAGGCAAUCAGAAGACUGAGCAACCGUCAUUCUCAGCACAUCCGUGUCUACGAUCCACAUGGUGGUCUUGACAACAUGAGACGCCUCACCAGUCAACGUGCUACUUCCAGUUUCCAUGACUUCUCUACAGCCACAGCCCGUCGUAAUGUUAGUGUUCGCAUCCCUGCCCAUGUCAGUUGCAGGGGCUGCAAGUACUUCGAGGACAGACGUCCUGCUGCCAACUGUGACCCCUACUCUGUGAUGAGGGCCUUGGUUGAAACCUGUCUGCUGGGAGCCACGGGGGAAAAUGAUGAUGAAGGAAAAGAGACCAUGGCUUCCUGA